UUUUUAGUGUCAGUGGUGGCAGCAGGCAAAAUCAACGGUAUGCCUGCCGCUAUAUUUGCUCGAUUUGUCAUAAUAUAUAGUGUACGCGUAUAUAUAACGUUCAAAACGGUCGAUUUGUGCCGAAAUCAUCGUAUUCAUCGCUUUCGGCUAAUGUUUUCGAAAAAGUGAUUCGAUAAAGUCUGCUCAAGUUUUGUAUAUCUUGAUUUGCAUACUCGUAAUGCUUAACCGCGAGUGUUUAACUAUAAUUUGCUGCUUUAUUAUCUUUAUGCUUGAAUAAUGUCGUCAAAAUUCUGGUCGUGUCUUCUCGACGCUGACAGAAAUGAAAAAAUUUUUAAAGCAAGAAUUGAAUUUCCAGCAAAGAAACUUCCUAAAUGGGAAUCGUCGACAAAAUAGCAUACGAAAAUAUAUUUAAAAAAAAAAAAAAACAUUGAAAAAGAACAACCCAACGAAAAUAACACAAAAAAUCAGAUAUAAACAAAAUAAAGCACAAUAAAAAUCUAAACGGAGGGAAACAUGAAUAAAAUUCUGCCGUGGGAACAUUUCGAAAGUUUGUACAAAGAAUUGAUCGGCCAGAAUAGUAACGAUAGUUCGAGCGGUGGCGCACAUAGUGGCAUGGGCUCGGGCGCCCCAGGCACGCCCAAUUCGCAGCAGGUAAUGCGUCCCACACCUUCACCGACAGGCUCAUCCGGUUCGCGUUCCAUGUCGCCGGCAGUGGCACAAAGUCAUCCCAUUUCACGGCCCUCUAGUAAUCAAUCGAGUAGUGGCGGUCCUAUGCAGCAGCCUGGCACGUCUGGACCACCACCGCCCCACAUGCAAACGGCGCAAGGUGGCGGCGGUCCACAGGCUCAACAACAACAACAACAGCAGCAACAACAAAUGCCUGUACAACAACCGCAAUCUCAGCAGCAGCAGCAGCAGCAAUCGAUCGGUGGUCCGGUUGGCGUACAUAGUUCUCCAGUCGGUGUUGGUGGCUCGCAGCAGCAAGUCGGUGGCAUACCUCCUGGUGGCCCCGGCGCACCCACGGGCUCACAGCAACAGCAGCAGCAGCAACAACAACAACCACCGCCACCGAGUCAAGGCUUGAACAGUAUGCAAACACCACCGCCUCAAAGUGCGAGUACUGGGGCGGGCGGCUAUCCGCCACCACCGCAUAUGCAUGGAGUCUAUAAGAUGGGUGGUCCCGGUCAAAGCCCAGGGCCAGGGCCGCAAGGCCUGCCGACUGGCUAUCCACCACCACAGCAGUCGCAGCAAUAUUCUCAAGGAACUUACCCGCCACGUCCGCAGUAUACGCCCAGCGGCUAUGCGCCCACACCGCCGCCUUCAAAUCAACCAACAUCUGCGAAUAGUAUGCCACCAGGUGGCGGCCCUCAAUAUCCUGGUCGACCAAUGCCGAAUCACACCGGCGCCGGUGGUCCGCACUCUCAGUAUCCACCCUAUCAGAAUUGGGUGCCACCCUCACCUCAAGGCGGACCCGGUAGCGGUGUAGCACCAGGUGGCGGCGGCGCAGCGGGCAUGGGCAAUCAUGUACAGGGCAAAGGCACACCACCACCGGGCGGACCGCCACAACCACCCGGAGGCGGCUCACCACGCCCUCUCAACUAUCUAAAGCAGCAUUUACAACAUAAGGGUGGCUAUGGUAGCGGUCCAGCGCCGCAGCAGGGCUACGGAAAUGGACCUGGCAUGCAUCCAGGCAUGCCAAUGGGACCGCCACACCACAUGGGGCCACCACAUGGACCUACCAGCAUGGGACCACCUACCAUUACACCUCCACAAACGAUGGGUGGUAUUAGUGGGCCAGGUGUGGUUGGUCCCGGUGGUGGUAUGGUUGGUGUGGGCGGCGCCGUUGGCAGUGGCGUGAUAUUGCCUGGCGAUGGCGAACACAUCUCCCAGGAUAACGGCAUUAGUUCGUCGGGUUCUUCAACAGCAUCGGGACCACAUCCAGUUACUUCGGUGGUGACGACCGGACCGGAUGGAACGCCCAUCGACGAAGUUAGCCAACAAAGUACGCUAUCCAAUGCAUCAGCAGCUUCGGGUGAAGAUCCACAAUGCACAACUCCAAAAUCACGAAAAAACGAUCCAUACAGCCAAAGCCAUCUAGCGCCGCCCAGCACAUCGCCGGUCGGACAUCCCGGGCACCCUGGUGGACCGGGUGAGGAGUAUGAAAUGAGUUCUCCACCAAAUUGGACGCGAACACCAGCUAGUCCGCAGGUUUUCAAUAGCCACGUGCCGCCUCAAGAGACUUUUCGUACAUCGUCUACAAAAAAAUCAGAUAGCCUAUGUAAACUUUACGAAAUGGAUGAUAAUCCGGAAAGGCGCAGUUGGCUGGAUAAGCUGCGCGCAUUCAUGGAGGAGCGACGCACACCAAUCACCGCCUGUCCAACAAUAUCGAAGCAACCGCUCGAUUUGUAUAGGUUAUAUAUUUAUGUAAAAGAACGUGGAGGAUUCGUCGAGGUAUGCAAGGUUACUAAAAGUAAAACCUGGAAGGAUAUUGCCGGUUUGUUGGGCAUUGGCGCGAGCAGCAGUGCCGCUUAUACUCUACGCAAGCACUACACAAAGAAUUUAUUGACAUUUGAGUGUCACUUCGAUCGCGGUGACAUCGAUCCCUUGCCCAUUAUUCAGCAAGUGGAAGCUGGCACAAAAAAGAAAUCGGCCAAAGCGGCUUCAGUACCAUCGCCAGGCGGUGCAAUUGCAUUGGAAAACGCAAAUAUAUCAACUAUGCCAGCUGGUUCAUCGAAUUCUCAAGAUUCAUUCCCCGCUCCGGGCGCAGCCGCGAAUCCAGCGAUUGACGGCUAUCCAGGCUAUCCGGGCAGUUAUCCCGGCACAGCUGGUCCACAGCCGGACUACGGCGCGGGUGUUGGCCAAAUGCAACGGCCACCCUCACAAAGCAACGCACAAACUCCACAUGCAGGCAAUACUCAAACAGCAGCAACUGGUGAUAAUAUUAGUGUGAGCAAUCCUUUUGACGAUCCGGUUGUGGGUGGCGGUGGUAGUGGCAAUAGUAGUGUGAGCAAUGCACCACCGCCGCCGCGUGCCUCCCCUUAUCAACAGGGCGCUGGCAAUUCGUACACGCCGGUGUCUAGGACGCCAGGCUCUCCAUAUCCAGGACAGCCGGGAGCCUAUGGUCAAUAUGGUUCGAGCGAUCAAUACAAUGCGACUGGGCCACCCGGCCAGUUCGGCCAAGGUCAAGGACCUCAGUUUCCGCCACAAAAUCGAAAUAUGUACCCUUCUUAUGGGCCCGAGGGGGAAGCUCCUCCACCAGGUGCAAAUCAAUACGGUCCUUAUGGCAGUCGUUCGUACAGUCAACCGCCGCCGGGUAGCUCUCAAACACCUACACCACCGGGCUCGGCUGUGGCCGGCGCUGCUGGUCCACCAACCGUUGGCCCGGCAGCUCCAGGCGGUGGCUAUCCGCCCAGUGCACCAACACAGGACUAUUACAGACCGCCCGAUCAGACUCCUCAACCUCGACGGCAUCCGGACUUUGUGAAAGACUCUCAGCCCUAUCCAGCGUAUAAUACAAGACCUCAAAUGUAUGGUGGUUGGAGUGGUUCAAAUCAGUACCGUGGACAGUAUCCUUCUGCACCAUCACCCCAAGGUUGGGGCGGCGCACCACCUCGUACAGCCGCACCACCAGGCACUGGUCCACUUGGACCACCAAACCAGCAAGCAUCGACCGCCGUGCAAUGGGAGCAGCAUCGUUAUGCGCCCCAACAACCUCCACCGCCACCACAACAACAGCCGCCAUAUCAGCAACAAAGUCAGCAGCAACAACCACAGCCGCCGCCACAGUGGGCGCAAAUGGCCGGCAACGCUCAGCAGCCACCACCACAACCAGGUGCACCCGGAUCAACGUUACGGCCGCCUGGCGGUAGUCAACAGCAACCGCCACAGCAGCGACCCGGCAUGCCGCCGCCACCCGCGCAGCAACCAACCGUUGGACCAACGUCCAAUCAACCCAUGACAAAACCACCAUUUGCGAUGCCACCGCCACCACAGGUCAGUGGCGCAGUUGCGCCAGCUUGCGGCCCGCCACCAUCUGUUGCGGCACCACCCAGCACUGUCAGUGUUAUGCCACCAGUCAUGGGCGCACCAGUUGCCGGUGCACCCAAGCCACCGGUUUCCGUAGUAAGCGCUGUACCGCAACUGGGCACACCUGGCUUGCCACAGGUGACAACGCAACAACAACCGCCACAAGCACAGCCACAGCAACCAUUUCCAACUCCCCCUGGCGCCCAGCUAGUUAAAAAAGAAAUAGUUUUCCCGCCGGACAGCGUUGAAGCCACCACACCAGUGCUGUAUAGGCGUAAGCGGCUUGCAAAAACCGAUGUUUGUCCCGUAGAUCCAUGGCGUAUUUUCAUGGCAAUGCGUUCCGGUCUGUUGACUGAGUGCACCUGGGCAUUAGACGUGCUGAACGUGCUACUUUUCGAUGACACAACGGUGCAGUACUUUGGAUUGGCACAUUUGCCGGGUCUGUUGACGUUACUUUUGGAACAUUUCCAAAAGAAUCUUGCAGAGAUGUUUAACGAUAGUGACGCAGACGUGGAACAACGUGGCGGUAGUCGGCACAUCCGUUCCGUACAAAACUACAACCGCAAACGGCAUUGCAUUGGAGGUAGCGACACCGUCGAGUACAAUAACGAUUACGAAAAAUUUAAGUCAUCGAAAAUGCCAUUGGCCGACAAUGACGAUGACGAGGAUGAAGGCAUCGAUUUGGGACAAAUACGUGUGCUACCAAACCCCGAGGAGCGUGUUAUGUUGCUCUCUAACACGCCCAACUACACGUUGAUGUCACGCAAGGGUUUGCCAGUACGUCUACAAUCAGCAGAGGAUGAUAUAUUUGUAUCGGAUAGACAAAAGGAUUGGGACUCAGAGGUGGAGCCUAUUUAUGAGCAGGCAACGGGGAACGAAACUACACCCUGGAGUUGGACAUAUGGUUUUGCGGACCGCAACGCGCACGACGGUAUAAUCGACGUGUUCAAGUCGGAGAUCAUAAACAUUCCAUUCGCUCGUUACGUACGCAGCCGUAGCGAUAAAAAUCGCGGAGGGGCAGAGGCGACAAAGUCGCGUGGGAAAGCUAGUGGCGCUGUCAGUGCCGAAGAUGUGCAGAGCGUUGUAGACGGCAGUGAGGCCAGCAGCAAAAUUUUGAUAAAUGAACCGACGGAAGAGGGCUGCGCUGAGGAUAGCAAGCUACAGCAUACGUUUAACAAGAAGCGGCGACUCUUCAACAACAGCAGUGGCGCAAGCAAACACAGUCAAGUCGGGGCCGCGUUCGCUUUUGACGCCAGCGGCGCUAAAAAGUCGAAAUUACAAGAGGACGAAAACGCAUUUGCGCCACCGAGUCUUAAAAGGGAGCCAACGGACACGGUGUCAACAGAAAACGCCAUCGUUGCCACCGACAGCGAUUGUCGUGAGGUGGAUAUGGAAAUCGAACUGCUGCCGCAACAACGUCUAGUUGGCGGCGGCAAUAGUGGUGUACUGAAAAAUUUCGAUCCCAUGUCAACGGUGCGCGACGCAGCACAAGUGUUGCAGCGGCGCCGUGCCUCCACGGUCGAAGAAGAGUGCUAUACUCGAGACGAAGCAAGUCUGUACCUAGUUAGCGAGUGUCAGGAUGCGCUAGCGCGUCGCUGUAUCUGCCUAUCGAACAUAUUCCGCAAUUUGACGUUCGUGCCGGGCAACGAAACACUCUUGGCCAAGUCGCGCCGAUUCCUAGCCAUACUUGGCCGCCUCCUGCUGCUCAACCACGAGCACUUACAGCGUACACCCAAAACGCGUAACUAUGAUCGCGAAGAGGACACCGAUUUCUCAGAUUCAUGCAGCUCACUUCAAGGCGAAAGAGAAUGGUGGUGGGACUACUUGGUGCACAUACGCGAAAAUAUGCUUGUCGCCUUGGCGAACAUUGCAGGCCAUCUUGAAUUGUCACGUUACGAUGAGCUCAUAGCGCGGCCUCUCAUCGACGGUCUGCUGCACUGGGCGGUGUGUCCAAGUGCACACGGUCAAGAUCCCUUCCCGUCUUGUGGUCCCAAUACUUCGCUUUCGCCACAGCGUCUGGCGUUAGAGGCUCUCUGUAAGUUGUGUGUGACAGACGCAAAUGUCGAUCUCGUGAUAGCGACACCACCGCAUUCGCGCCUCGAAAAGUUGUGUGCGGUGUUGACGCGCCACCUUUGCCGCAACGAGGAUCAGGUACUGCGUGAGUUUUCCGUUAAUUUGCUGCAUUAUCUGGCCGCAGCUGACAGUGCAAUGGCACGUACAGUGGCCUUGCAGUCGCCCUGCAUCUCAUACCUUGUGGCAUUCAUCGAACAGGCCGAGCAAACGGCAUUGGGAGUUGCCAACCAGCAUGGAAUCAAUUACCUGCGUGAAAAUCCCGACUCAAUGGGUACAAGUUUGGACAUGCUGCGACGUGCUGCCGGCACCCUGCUACAUCUGGCCAAACAUCCGGACAACCGUUCCCUGUUCAUGCACCAAGAGCAGCGUCUGCUUGGAUUGGUGAUGUCUAACAUUCUCGACCAGCAGGUUGCGCUGAUUAUAUCGCGUGUACUGUUCCAAGUUUCGCGUGGCACCGGUGUCGGCGGCCCGUCGUCGAUACCAUCGCUGGAAUAUCGUUUUCAACAAAGGCAGGAGGAAAAAAACUCUGCUGCAGAUAGGCAUUUCACGCCAGGUGCUGACGUGAAAGCUCAAGUCAAAGUGGAAACCGCACCCUCAGCGCCAUCGACUGGUGCACCAACAUCAAUUGAGCCCCAAGCUGUGAAUGCUGAAGUGGCAGCACAUGCAACUCGAACGCUCACCAGUGAUAUUAAGCGAGAAGAUUUAACAGCGACUGCGGCAGAUGCGGCCGGCGGUAUCAACGCUAAUGGCAACAUCAGCGCGAGUAGCCACAACAUGAGCGAAAUCAGCAGUAGUGACUCUACGCCCAUACACAAGCAGCCAUUGUCUGCAGCUGCGAAUGCGGCAAUGAGCAAGUCGCAAAACGCAUGCGCCUCCGUCGAUGAUAACAGCAACAGCAGCAAUGCUUUGGCCCCCGCCGCGGCGUUGCUUAACGAUGUUAGCAAUAGCAGCACCAACAGUAACAGUUGUGGCACAGUGAGCAGCAACAGCAAUAGUAAUAGCAUAGGCAGUGGCAACAACAACACCAACAGCAACAUGCACAUUAAAAGCGCGAUAGAGAACGCCAGUGCGAAUGCGCUGGGUGCUGCGGUAGGAUCAACACUGACAAACAGCGAGGCGGGUCACAUGCAGCCAACGCUGCUAAGCUCAAGCAACGGUAGCAGUGGUAAGAAUGUGAUAUGUGCAACAAUGCCCCAUAUUAGUGCAGCACCACUUACCAAUGCCAGCAACAAUAAUAAUGCAAAUGGCGCCGCCGUCGACAACAGAAACAACGCGCCUCCAGCAACAUUGAUGGCCGCGGCGACGACACAAUCGUCACCACCGCCACCACCAACUACCGCAGCGACAGCAGCAGCAAGUGUGCCCACAGCGACCGCAGCACCACCGGCCAACUCAACAGCAGCGGUUGCGUAGUACACAACCAUGAUGCCGACAGCGACGUUAGCAGCAAUGCCGGCCGUGACAAUGCAAGAGCAGCACGCAGAUUUAACGCUAGAGCAACAGCCAACGCCUCAGCCUCACCAACACGAACAGCAGCAACUGAGCAUGGAGCAUCACCACCUGCAUCACCAGCAGCAGCAGCAGCAGCAGCAUCAACACCACCAAUAUGCGCAGCUGGAAGCACACUACCAACAGCAGGUGCCACUACAACCCCCACCACCGCCGCAGCAGCAGCAGCCACACUACCAUGUGCCGCCGCCAUUCCACUAUCACUGGGGCAAACAGCAACCGCCGCUGCAGCCUCCACAAAUACACCCUCAGCCCCAUCAGCCAGAAGAUGCACACUAAGUGCCACGUGAAACGAGAACUCUAAAUUAGUAGCAUGAAAAAGUAGCAGCAGCAGCAGCAGCAGCAGUGAGGUUAGGAAUUUAGUUCCAGCAAAAGGAAAAAGAGAGGUACAUAGGGAAUGCAAGAACAAAGUAUGCGAGAAAAAUGUGCAAACAAAGUCGAGGGGCAAGUGCGUGCAGUUCAAUGCCGAAAUAGACGUAGGUGUGAAACAGCAAAUGACACUAUCCACCUACUCGUACAUACAUACAUACGUGUAUAGAGGAAAUUGCGUAUAAAUUAAAUGUGUAGCGGUGAUCAACCUUAUAAAGCAGUAGUAAUAUGAAUAGUAUUUAGUGUGUAUAAAGAAAAUUUCGUGUUUUUUUUUUUAAAUGUUCUCGUAAUGUGUUAGGAGGCUUAUAAUUUGUUACCUAAUGCUGGGAUAUGGAACUAGUAAGAAUUCUGACGAACAUCGAACAUCCCUCAAACCACCAACAUGUGACGGCAAUAGUUAGGGCGAAGAAUGAACGAACGCUAGGGCUGAGCAAAGAACUUGAUAGGAGAGUACAAGGCGAAAAAGAUUAAUUUUGAAACAUCUCAUCAUGAGAUGCAAAAGGUGGUUUUACGGAUAUUAUAAUUUUAGUAAAGAUGGAAUUGACUCGAGAGCUAAAGAACGGGGGGAAAAAAUAUAAAAGAAUGCGUCUAUAAUGUUAAUCCACUUUUUUGUUUUGAAAAUUAUACAUAUUGUAGCACGUGGAGGAGAGGUAAACUGCUGUUUAAAAAGCUAACUUUUUUUUUUUUUUUGCUUACAUUGUCCCUACGUCAGCUCGCAAUAUUUUCAUAAUAUUGUUUAGCGUUUGCUAGUCUUUGCAAGCAUUCGCAUUAAACGCUUUUUACUUUCUGUUAAAUCAUACCUAAUUUUUGUUUCGUUUAUUAUUACUUUUAAAUACAUAUAUGUAUGUGUAUGUGUUUUUGAUGUUAUUUCGUUCGAAUUAUACACCGGUCGUUUUUGUGUUAGUCAAUUCGUGUUGUAUUCCACAAAGUAAAGUUUCAAACGUUUUAUCAAACAUCUGAAUGUUGCCAGCAGGGUGUUUUUAAACUGGCAUCGAAUAUCCAAAAAUGUGAGGCAAGCCACUUGAAUUUUGUUUGCCCAGUUUAAGUUUGUCACAUUUUUUUCGCCAAAUACACAUCCAUAGUUACAUAGAAUAAAAAAUAUUAGCAGGUGUGCGCAGACCGUGACGAAAUACAAUAAAAAGCAACAAACAAAAAUAAAAAAGAUUAUUCACUCAGUUUUAAGAACACAUAUUUCAAUGGCACGGCAUUUCCCCUCUUUUAUUGACAAAUAAUGCAACUUAACGAAUUCAUUUUUUUUUAAUAUUUAAUGAUGCUAUUAUAAAUAUGUAUUUCUUAGAACAAAAAAUAAAAUAAAUGCAAAUAUAUGUAAAUGUACGCAUUAAAGAACUAAUAAAAAACUCCACACAAAAUGUGCAUGUAAAUUACUAACAAAAAAAUUCAGAAAAUAAAGGAAUGUAAAAAAAUCACUAUUGUUAAACUGUGUUUAGCAAACAGCGUAAAAAGCUGAAGAGCAAAAGAUUAAGAAUGAUGAUUAAGUAAAUUUCUAUACUUAUGUCUAGCUUAUAACUUAUUAAAUAUAAACUAAAUUAAACUGUAAAAUAUACUUUGAACAUAUGUACUAUAAAAACAAGUAUGUAUGUAAUGCAAUGAAAGCAAUGCAUGAUGAGGAAAGCUAAAAUUUUAAAUACAAACUGCAUUGUUGAAUAGCACAUAAAAAAGAAGA